AUGCCGCAGGCCGAAGUGAUGUCAAUCGCCUCGCCCAUCAAUCUGAUCCUCGCCUCCCUCUUCGUCGUGCUGUUGUACUGGCACUUCCGCCCCAAGCCGCCCGUCGUGCUCCCCCGGGGCCCGGAGCCAGUAGUAUUCCGCACUUACACCCCCAAGACCCUGAUCGAGUUCAACGGCCAGGGCGACCGGCCUGUCUACCUAGCCGUCCGUGGUCGAGUCUUCGAUGUGACCCCCGGCAAGGACUUUUACGGUCCAGGCGGUCCCUACGAGAACUUCGCGGGCCGCGAUGCGUCGCGUGGCCUGGCACACCAGAGCUUCGACGAGGAGAUGUUGACCAAAGACCUGUCCGCACCUCUUGAUGAUCUCAAGGAUCUCACCGCUGAUCAGUUGGAGAAUUUGCAGUCGUGGGAGGAGCGCUUCUCGGAGAAGUACCUUGUUGUCGGCAAGCUGGUUGCCGAGGGAGAUCCCGAGGCGCCCGCAUCAUAA